AUGAGAGAGUUCUUGAGCAGCUGGCCUAAACUAGAAGAUUUUAAGUGUAGUAAGAUUAUUUCCACCACACGCACUGAUUUGCUUAUGGGAGGGUCUACAACCUUUGGUUUGGUUGAGGGGAAGGCUAGAUCAGUUGUCGAUGUGCUUAUGGACUACGUGAAAGGGGAACUUCGCGUUCUAUCGAAGUUGGUUCCAACAAAUGAAGUGACAUUACUAUGUUACUACAAACAUAAGGUUGGGGACUGGACGGUGCAAAUGUAA